UAAGAGCUAGAGUUUCUAGUGACUCUCAUGCAAAUAGAGUAAGUCAAAGCUGUGGUUGCUACAGUUGGGAGGAAGAAGAAGAAGAAGAAGAAGUGACUAUGGAGUUUGUCUUGGCUUUCCUCACCAUUUCUUCACUUCUCUUGUUUUCUAAUUCAAUUGAUGCAAGAAAAGACCCAGCAGAGUAUUGGAAGGAUGUGAUGAAAGAGCAACCUAUGCCAGAAGCCAUUCAAGGGCUUCUGCCUUCAAAUACUGGAUCUGAUGCAGCCUUGGAGAAGACCCAGAAUAAGGAGCAGAAAUUUAACUUGGAUUUAAAUAUCCAGAGUACUGCAAUCAUCUAUCAUGGCCAUGAUGAGCAUAAUAAAGAAGAAGAUAAGGCAUCUAUGAAGGGCUUUGAGCUGAAUAGUUCAGAGAAGAAAUCUUUUGUUAAGGAGUUUAAGCCAAGGCCUAACUAUGUCUUCAUCUGAUGAGGACUUUUCAAGACAACCCCAUUAGGCUAUUACUGUCUCUGCACAUAAGCAGAUUCUGCAACUCUCUCUCUCUCUCUCUCUAUUUUUUUUUUUUUUCGGGGGAUGUAGAUGUGGGUGUGAACCAUCAUGUGAUUUGUUUGGGUUUAUGGCUUUGUUUAAUAUCCUAUUAAAUAUUAUUGAAUGAUAUGGUGAUUUGCUUCUAA